AAAAAUAAUUACGGUUAAUCGUUUAGGGUAAAAGUGUUUAUACACGAGCUAAUCUCUUUGAACGAUAAGUGUGACCAUAAAUUAUCGAGCAAAAAUAACUGAGAAUUUUUUGUCAAUAGUGCCAAUUUUGAUAAGAAAUAAAUAUCAAAUCAAUCGAAGAGAAUAUUUUAGUUGGUAAAUAGAUUCGAAGCUAGUCAAAACAAAAGUGCUAGUACUAACGAUGUUGUUCCUCCAAAAGCUGUUAACAGUAGCCGUCGUGUUCAGCGUAUUCGUUACUUUGCCUACAGCCACCAAAUGUGAUACUUCUUAUUAUGAAAAGUAUCAUUCGGCGCGUCGUUUUGUACCGCUUAAGCGUACUUCUCUGCUGCAGUACAACUUCACAGUGACUUUGACGGAGCAAUUGGCCAGUUAUGAGCGUGUUGCUCUUGUGGGUAGUUUGAAGCAGCUGGGUAGUUGGCAGUCACAUUCCGCAGUUCUGUUAAAUCGCACACAGGCACAUAAUGUCUGGAGGGGUGAGGUGCGUCUGCCAGUCAAUAGCAGCGUUAGUUACCGUUAUUUCAUAGCUGCUGUUGAACAGGGAACAGGCGUAGUGCAAAUACGUCGUUGGGAGUCUAACAUAAAUGCGCGUACGUUCAAGACUGCCGUACUGUCGGGAAAUCGUACAGAUGAGUUUGGUUUAAUAGAAGCGGAUAAAGGGGCAGAAGUGCGGCGGGGCUGGUUAACAACCGGUAGUAAGAUUGUACAGUUCAAAUUGUUCCGCAAACCUCUAGACAUUAUGCAGACUUCGUCAAGUGAACAGUUAUAUGUUAAAGUACAGCCCAUUGAACCGCAGAAAUUGACGCCUAUUUUGCCAAGUGCACGUGCGAACACAGAAUAUGUUCGCAUGUCAUAUGGAAACAGUUAUUUGCGCGAGCAACCUGAGUUUGGUGUACCUUAUAAUGAUAAUGACAUUUUAAUGUUCCACACGACUUUGACAGAAAUGGAUAAAGUAGCAUAUUUGUUGAAGGUUUACGCGACCGAUAAUCAAGGUCUUGGUUUGGUACGUCUAAUUGGCUAUCAGUAUAUUAAGCCACAACAAUUACGAAAUACGGAGGGCAAUUUUACAAUUGAUUUAAUAUCGCCAAUUUGGUUGUAUUCCGUUGGAACUGUGAAUAUACAAUAUUUGGUAGUGACACCAUUACCAUCUCAAACAAUUGGACAAGUUAAUUUACGUACAUCGUUUGUUGAUUAUUGGCGCAAGAAUUGGACACGCUUAGAAAUGGGACAUCGUGGUUUAGGUAAAAGUCUGAAACAAACUACCAAUGCUGCACCUAUAAUUGAAAACACAGUUGCCUCAAUGAAAGCUGCAACAAAAUUAGGCGCCGAUUUUGUGGAAUUUGAUGUGCAACUUACCAGUGAUUUUGUACCCAUUAUAUGCCAUGACUACUCAAUAUUUGUUUGCAUGAAUCCGAAGACACCAACUAGCAAGGAUGAUUUAACUGAAGUGUUGAUAAAAGAUAUCACUUAUGACCAGUUGAAAAAUUUAAAAACUUAUCAGGUUGUUGGCAAUAAGAUAGUAGAGUAUCCAGCGCAUAACACUUUGGAACAGGAAGAUCAGAGAUUAUUUCCACUAUUUGCAGACUUUUUGACUAAAGUUAACAAAUCUGUUGGCUUUGAUAUUGAGAUAAAGUGGCCACAAUUGACCUCGUCCGGUACAUAUGAAAGUAUACAAACAAUUGAUAAAAAUCUAUAUGUGGAUCGCAUAAUCGAAGUAAUGUUACAACACGGCUGUGGAAGGUUAAGUUUCUUCACCAGCUUCGAUGCUGACAUCUGCACACUAUUGCGUUACAAACAGAAUAUGUAUCCUGUAAUGUUUCUCAUGUCCAGCCUGGAAAAUAGAUUUGCUGAUCCACGUUCUGAUACAAUUUAUGAGAUUAUAAAUAAUGCACAAGCUUUUGAUUUAGCUGGAGUUGUGCCAAACGCAAAAAUGAUAAAAGAAGAUCCAAAUUGGAUAGAAGUAGCAAAAGCGCAAAACAAGAAAAUCGUUUUAUGGGGCGAUGACAUUAAGGAUACUGAAUCAAUUAAAUAUUUCAAAGGGUUGGAUCCAACAGGUAUUAUAUAUGAUCGUAUGGAUUUGUGGUUGCCACAUAAUAAAACUAAUGCUUUUGAAAUGGAAUCGGAUUUGCCUGCAUUCUUUCAAUUACAGUGCGCCCCUAUACAAUUUAAAACAAAUAGUUCACAGAUUGAUAGUGUAUUGAGUAAUGUUAAUUUCCUCUAAUUAAUUGUUAUAAAAAAAAAAUUAAAUAAGAGAAACUUUGGUGUUAA